AUGGGCUUCCUGUGGCGGCUAUCAAAAUUGGGCCUACGGGUCGGACUCGUGGCGGGAGCCAUCAAGAUUUCCUACGACAAUGAUAUUUGGUCAUUGCGAACGGAAAAAGGAGCGAAGCUGUACCAGACCACAAAGGAAUUGAUUGUUCCAGGAACAAUUGUGUAUAAGGAAAAGCUUCCCUCGGUUGAUGAAGUGAAAGGAAAAGUUGGCGGAUGUUGGAACACCGGAGUCGAUAAGACUUUCAAUAUGAUUGAAAACGCCCCAGCCAGCUUGAACACCGUCACGAACAGUCUCAUCAACAACAAA